AUGAGGACAUUUUUGUUUGUUUGGAUUAUUUUUCACCUUAUCAAAAUUCAAGUCACAGAGACUUAUAACUGGCGAUCAUCUGAUGGGUUCCAGCGUUUUGGUCACGUGUCAGCACGACUAACAGACAGACCAUGCCCCCACGGCUGGUUACACUACCAAGGGAGCUGUUAUUAUUUUAGCAGAGACCGACUGGAAUGGUGGAGGGCAUUGGUGAAGUGUAUACGUAUGGAUGGGUACCUUGUAUCUGUAGAGGAAGGACACGAGAAUACAUUCAUACGACGCCAUUUGAUGAUGUUUUACGUACACAGGGGUGCCUGGAUGGGCCUUAACAAGCUUGUUUGUCCAGAAAAGGACCAGUGGUUCUGGGGUGUGACGUCAUCAGAAUGCAGACGAUUUGACUGGUUUUCACAUGAGCUACUUCAUAACAAAAAGGGCAAUAAAUAUUGUGGGUUGUUCUGGCAAAGUUUUAACUACCACUGGCACGUAGACAACUGUGCACAGAAAAACUAUUACAUUUGCGAACUGAAACCGGGUAAAAAAUGUUAUUGUCACAUCUAAGACGUCUGAAAUGUUUUAAAAACAUGGUUUCAUGCAACCCUGGGAUUCCAUGGCAAAUACCCUGGCAGUGCUAAUAACAUUAUGGUCAACAAUGUGUUGAUUUGCUGACAAGACAAUUUUAUCCCUCUAAUUUAGAACAAUAAAUGCUAUAAAAUUGUUUAUAACAA